CAUUAUUAAAUCUAAUCUUAUCGUUAGUAUUUAAAAUAAAUAGAUGAUCUAAGCUAAAGCUACAGCAAACAAGGUUUGCAAAGUUUCAAAAAAGUACAGUCUGAAUGAAGUAGGUGAGCUAACUGUCGAUAUGGCCGAUAUUUUCAGCACUUUUCAUUUAAAUUGGUCAAUGUUGAAUCUUGGCUAAGCAAAAAAAAAAAGAAACAUUUGAAAAACAACAAACAAUUGACUUAGCGUUUAGUGAGCUGUUGGCCAAAGAACGAGGCGGUUGUACGGAACUCAGCGAAAUGCCUUGGCAAUGGCUGUUACUUCAUCUCAUGCUGUUCCAACUGCUGCUGCUGCUGGGUCAGGUCAAUGGCGCCUCCAAACGUGUUAAGAUGUGCCUGCAGCCAAUGGUCAGCGGUCGCUGCUUCGGCCAUGUGGAGAGCUAUGCCUACAAUCCGCUCGAGCGCCGCUGCGAGGCCUUCAUCUAUGGCGGCUGCGGUGGCAACGAGAAUCGUUUUGACAGUCGCGCCGAGUGCGAGUUAAGCUGUCGUGAUAUUUAAGCUGAUGUACAAGUGAAUGAUGCAUGUAUGAUGAAAGACGUGAAUAACAACUGCGACUAUUGUACGACUAUUGUAAGUGCUUAUAUUCAAUUAGUGGUUUGAUUGGUUUUGCUGCUGGCCACGUUGUUGCGCCGCUUGACGUGUCGCGCAUUGUUGCAUAUCUUCUCGCAAUCCUCAAGCGAGCCAAAGAGUCGCUUAUUGCUGCAGCCCAUGUAGUGGCAGUGCUGCGUCUCCUCAUCGUAGUAGAUGCCCAGUGUGGUCGGCACACAGAGGCUGCUCGUGCUGGGCUUCACCUGGCACAGAUCACCUGAGAGGAGGCACUUUAGUUGACCACAAAAAAAUAUAUAUUAACGCAAACUCGGGAGACUUACGUGUGCGUGCCAAAACCAUUUGCCAGUCCAGGCACAGGGCCAGCAGCAGCAGCAGAGACAGCGAGAUUUGUCUACUCCGAAUCUGGGCACUCAUUUUGCAAAUACUAUGUUAAGUUGUUUGGCACAGGAAUUCGAAUCCUAUUUUAGUUAGUUUGAUAUUGUUUUUGUUUUUGGCUCCUGGCAAAUUCAGCUCUGUAUUGUGGCUGGCAAAGAUAUCAUCAGUAUUUCCAUAGAAUCGCUGUCGACUGUCGCUGCGACGAAGUUGAAGACAAAUGCGCAGCAAUGCCAGCUGCUUCCCGCCAUAUAUAUGGGGUAAUUAUAAUUGAAAUAUGGAAUAUGAGAUGUCGAUGCUAACCGUAGCCGUUGGGCUAUAUAGUAUACCGAUCUGUUGAUAUGUCUUUCGCGUCUUCUUUUUCAAUUUAUGAGUUUUUUAAUACUCGACACACAAGUUCAGCACAGUACAGUAGCCAAGCAAGCCAAAAAUUCCACAAAAUUCUUUUGGCACACUUGACAGAUUAAUAUAUUCUUCUCUAUACGACUUGUUCCGGUCACCUAUGCGACAGAUCACAAAUGAAUACUCUGUGUAUUCACAAUUAUUGUAAAUGAGUGUUGCGACACUUUUGAUCACUGCCCAAGCUGUUACUCUGCUGUUUGAGCUGUCGCAGACUCGACUCGAAACCUCGAACAAAAGGCAAACGGAUUUGUAAUCAGGUUGCGCUCUGCCAAUAGCCGCUGCUGACGCUGCCGUUGACUGAUAAGAGCAACAACAACAACAACAACAACAACUAAGACGUCUCGUAGCCUGCAUGUGCGAUGUUGAUAAUAUGCAUGGUGCUGACAAGCUGAUCUGCCGCAUGCCUGAGGAACGCUGCUUGGGGGUUGUGGUUCCGGCUGAAACCGGCGAGCGCCUGUUGCAGAAGGCCGGCCCACGAGCCAGGGCUCCAAUCAAACCAGCUGUCAAACAACGACAUUUGUAUACCCUGUCUACACUUACCUCCACAACAACAUCUUGGCAUUGUUAUAUUUCUUAAAAAGCUCGUCACAUAUAAUUUAGCAUUAAAAUUACUCUUCGUUCAAUCGGA